AUCUCAGCUUCAGAAUCAUCCCCUUUCUGAUUUUUUCACUAGUUAUAGUGUAGGGCAACAUUUAGUGAAAAAAAAACUCGAGAUCAGUUAUGUAUAGUUGCGUAUAAUUGUGUAUAGGUCCAUGGGUGCGAAUUCUGUUUCCCGCUUUUCGAAUUUUUCCAACUUUAUAACUUGAGUUUUGUUUGAAAGAGUGUUUUGAACUUGAAUGAUUACGGUUCAUCAUGGGUAUUCUAGGUUUAGCGAAAUUAAUUGCCGAUAUAGCACCACAUGCUAUCAAAGAAAAGGAAUUGAAACAUUAUUUUGGUCGUAAAGUAGCAAUAGAUGCGUCUAUGUGCUUGUAUCAAUUUUUGAUUGCAGUUAGAAGUGAGGGUGCACAGCUUGCUACAGUGGAUGGAGAAACAACAAGCCAUUUAAUGGGCAUGUUUUAUCGUACAAUACGUUUAGUAGAACAGGGAAUAAAACCAAUAUACGUAUUCGAUGGAAAACCACCAAAUUUAAAAGGCGGUGAAUUAGCUAAACGUGCAGAGAAAAGAGAUGAAGCUCAGAAGCUUUUACAAGCAGCAGAAGAAGCUGGCAAUGCAGAGGAUAUUGAGAAAUUUAACAGAAGAUUGGUGAAAGUUACACAAGUUCAUGCAGAUGAAGCUAAGCAGUUAUUAAAACUAAUGGGUAUUCCUUAUGUCGAAGCUCCAUGUGAAGCUGAAGCGCAGUGCGCUGCUUUAGUAAAAGCUGGAAAAGUUUUUGCAACAGCUACAGAAGAUAUGGAUGCACUCACUUUUGGAUGCAAUGUUUUGCUUCGACGAUUAACAUUUAGUGAAGCAAGAAAAAUGCCCGUGCAAGAGUUCCACCAUGAUAAAGUAUUAGAAGGUCUGGGAUUGAAUCAAGAUGAAUUUAUUGAUCUUUGCAUAAUGUUGGGUUGUGAUUAUACAAAUAGCAUUAAAGGAGUUGGGCCAAAGAGAGCCAUGGAAUUGAUUAAAACACACAGAUCACUUGAGAAAAUUUUAGAGAACUUAGAUACCAAUAAGUACCCAGUUCCUGAAGAUUGGAAUUAUAAACAAGCUCGAUUAUUGUUUCAAGAACCUGAAGUUGCAAAUGUGGAGGAGAUUGAAUUCAAAUGGUCUGAACCAGAUGAAGAUGGUUUAGUGAACUUUUUAUGUGGUGAUAAACAAUUUAGUGAGGAAAGAGUACGAAACGGGGCAAAAAAAUUAUAUAAAGCACGGCACACUUCUACUCAAGGAAGAUUAGAUACAUUCUUCAAAGUAUUACCAAAUCAGAAUCCUAGCCCAAAACGUAAAGCAGAAGAAAAGACUGUGGCAAAUAAAAAGUCUAAAAAAGGUACAGCUGGUCGGGGAAAACCACGUGGAAAAGCAAAAUAAAUUUUCGUAUUACUUCAGAUCUAUAAUAUUUGUACAAGUAUGAUUCAUGUUAUCUGUUCAUCUUAAUAUUAUUGUAAUAUAAUUCAUGUUAUCUGUCCAUCUUAAUCACAUCUUUAUCACAAUGAUUAUAUCUCGAAUUUAAACGUUUGUACUUUUAUUUGAUAAAAUAGAUCAUAUACAUUU